AUGUGGUCGAUACUGUCUGCUCUCCAUCCGACCAAAAAUCAUCCUGAGCGUAUCAGCAAAUACACAGGUCACCAACACGAGCUGAACUUUGAUGGUAUUUCCUUCCCUGUGAAAGUAGCCGACAUCAAUAAGUUCGAAACACAGAACAAUAUCACUGUCAACGUCUUGGGAUACGAGAAGGGGUCCUUAUUUCCAAUCCACGUGACUAAGCAGAGAUUUGACUUACACGUAGAUUUACUGCUGAUUUCAGAUGGACGCAAGUCCCACUACUGCUGGAUCAAGAACGUGAAUGGGCUCCUAUAUGAUCAGUAUACCCACGGGCAUAGAUACUACCACUGUAUGUAUUGCCUGCAAGGUUUCACCAAAGAACGAAUUCUCAACGACCAUAUAUCCUACUGUCAAGAACAUGGGACGCAGAAAGUUAAACUACCAACAGAAGAUGACAAAUGGCUGUUCUAUAAGGACAUAAGAAAACAGCUUAAAGUACCUUACAUCAUAUAUGCGGACUUCGAGUCUUUCCAAGUGCCAAUACAGAGAUGUGAGUUUGACCCAGAGAAAUCACAUACAGAGAAGAUCACACAACAUGUUCCGUCUAGUUUCGCUUACAAAGUCGUAGGGAUCACACAAGAAACAUCUAAGGAACCCGUGGUCUACAGAGGACCGGAUGUUACAGAAAAGUUUGUAGAAUGUAUGCUGAGAGAACAGGAGGAAAUAGAACAAAGAUUCAAAAACGUGAAGCCGAUGGUCAUGACUGGGAGAGAUUGGCAAACCUUCAACAGUGCAGUAAACUGUCACAUUUGUGGAAGAGAACUUGGGGAUGACAGAGUGAGGGACCACUGCCAUGUGACAGGAGCGUUUAGAGGAGCGGCACACAAUGAUUGCAACAUUAAUUAUAAGUUUACCGGACGGAUUCCUGUUGUUUUUCACAAUCUGAGAGGUUACGAUUCCCAUCUUAUCAUGCAAGCUAUAGGAAAGGUGUCAGAUAAAGAGAUCAAAUGCAUACCCAACAACAUGGAGAAGUACAUCUCUUUCUCCAUAGGGUGCAUGGACUUCAUCGAUAGCUUCCAGUUUAUGGGAACAUCACUGGAGAAAUUGAUCGCAAAUUUAUCCGCUGAAGGGAAGGAGAAAUUUGAACACAUGACAGGACAUUUUGGUGAUGAGAAAAUCGAGCUCCUUUUAAAAAAACAGGUGUAUCCCUACGACUACUUCGAUGGUCCACACAGAUUCAAGAAACCAAAUUACCAUCACAAGAAGCAUUUCGCAGUAGUCUAA